GAGCUCCGGGGGGGGGCCUGGGGGCCAACGCAGAGUGGGCUCUCGUGAGCGGCGGGGCGGGGAAGCCAGCUCCUGUGAAUAGCUAGCAUUGAGAGUACAUUGAAAACCUUACCGAUACCGCAUUUUCCCUCACUUCCCCUCCCCCCCAGAGCUGACGACCAUGAAUGAAUGGAUGAAGAAAAGCCCAUUAGAAUGGCAAGACUAUGUAUAUAAAGAAGUCAGAGUGACAGCCAGUGAGAAGAAUGAAUAUAAAGGAUGGGUUUUAACAACAGACCCAGUCUCUGCCAAUAUCGUCCUUGUGAAUUUUCUUGAAGAUGGCACGGUGGCUGUGACUGGAGUCAUGGGACAUGCUGUGCAGACUGUUGAAACUUUGAAUGAAGACAACCAGGAAGUGAGAGAGAAACUGAUGCAUAUGUUCAUGCCGGAAGAGAGUAAGGCCUACAACCCUGAGGACCUGGAAAAAAGGAAGAUCAGCCUCAAGUCCUGGCUGGAGAAGAAUCACAUCCCCAUCACUGAACAGGGAGAGUCACAAAGUACCCUCUGCGUUGCUGGGGUCCUGACCAUAGAGCCACCCUAUGGACCUGAAGACUGCAGCAGUUCAAAUGAAAUUAUUUUGUCCAGAGUUCAGGAUCUUAUCCAGGGACAUCUUACAACUUCCCAGUGAGACACUAAAACCUGUUGCUCAGCUUGCAGAAAGACUUAAUUUUUUUUUUCUUAGUAAAGUUAGUUGAAUAUUAAGCCCUUAA